AUGCUCAAGGUCGGUUUGGUGUUCUUCCUGCCGUUGGUCAUUGGCUUCAGGCCCUCGGGGCUUUUGAGAGAUCCGUUGACUUUAAUCGACCAGAACGCCAUUAAUGGAGAGGACAAGUAUUCGUGGGCUGAGGAACGAUUGGACGUGCCUGUUGACCAUUUCUCGUUCGCUGAUACGAGAGAGUUUGAGUUGAGGUACUUUAUCAAUCUUACUCAUUAUCAACCUGGUGGACCGAUCUUCUUUUAUACUGGCAAUGAAGGCAAACUGGAAGUUUUUGCUCAGAAUACUGUAAGUUUUUGAUAUGGUAUUAAGACGAAAUUUAAAAUCUACUAUAUUUACGUUAAAGGGUUAUAAGUUAUGUUAUAGUAAACUAAAAUUAAAGCUUCAAUAUUAGUUUUUAAAGUUUUAUGCUGUUUUGUACUACUACUGUAACACGUAUAACUCUAGAACAAAUUUGUAUAUAUUGUUUUAGGGCUUCAUGUGGGACAUUGCGCCAGAAUACGGAGCUGCUGUCGUAUUUGCUGAGCACAGAUUCUAUGGUAACUCUAAGCCAUUUGGUGAUGAGUCUUUCAAACACAUCAAGAACUUGGGAUAUCUGACGUCUGAACAAGCUUUGGCCGAUUUCGCUGAUGUUAUCACUCAUUUGAAGACUAAGGUAAGAUGGGAUACCAUAGUUUUCCUAUGCUUACUGUUGCUUUACUUGUUCUAUCUUACUAUAUCAACACUUGCCGUAUUUUACAAUAUUCUAGCGCAUUGACGGUGCCACUCACUCGCCAGUAAUCGUAUUCGGCGGUUCUUAUGGUGGUAUGUUGUCGGCGUGGUUCAGAGUCAAGUAUCCACAUCUUUGUGAUGGUGCCAUUGCUGGCAGUGCACCAGUUUUCUGGUUCCAUAACACUGGUGUAAGACAAGAAGGGUAUGCCAAUGUCACUACAAGAACGUUCAAGCUAAGUGGAUGUGACUUGGACCACCUCAAGGCUUCUUUCGAUGCUAUGAAGGAGUUGGCUAAAUCUGGUAAGAUUUUCUGUAUUAUUGUUAUAGUAUCGUUAUAAAGGGCUACAUCAACAACUUAGGCUUAUUUUAGGCAUUUGAGAUCGUUUAAAGUAAUUUUUUUUAUUUCAAAAUUUUAAAAAUAAAAAACUAUAAUAAUAUUGUUGUAGACGAAGGCCGCGCUCACUUGAACAAAGUCCUAAGAUUGGGAAAAUCAUCAGACUUUGAACAUUCUCAUGAUUACCAUGCUAUAAUGGACGUUUUCUCCGAUGUUAUGGGCAAUGUCGUCAUGAUCGACUACCCAUACCCAACUCACUUCUUUGCUGAAGUUCCUGCAUGGCCUGUUAAGGUGAGGCAUUUAUUUUAAAAGAAAAAUAGGUAAUUAUAAAGCUUUAGAAUGAUAUUUUUAUUAUCUUUACUUUGACUUUUGUCUUACAACUUUUUUGACUAUGUCAUGUGUGAGCUGCAAACUGCGGAGCCAAGUUAUACGAUGAAAAAUGCUUUUUAAAAUGAUAGUUUUAAAAAACUAGCUUAAUAUGUCAAAUAUAGUUUACUUUUACAUUAUCUAACUUUAUUAUCAAACAUUUUGUCGUCGAAAACAAUAUACAUCGAAAGCGCAGGCUGCGAGGUCAAUUUAUACGAUGGAACGUGUUUUUUGUGAAAAUUUUUGUUCUGCUUAAAAAUAAAAUAAAAAUUACAAAAAAAGUUUUUUUUUUAAAUUAAAAUUUAAUUUUCAAAAAAAAAAUAUUUUAAUUUUUGAAGUUUCAAAAUAAAUUAAUUAAAACUUUUUCAAAAUUAAAAAAAAGCUUUUCAGAAGAUGUGUGAAGGCUUCAAAGGAGACAUUCCAUCAGACCUAAAAGAGCGUGUCGAACCUCUAUACAACAUCCUGAACAUUUUCUUCAACACCUCAGGCAAGCUGACUGAAUUCUGUGUUCGUGGUCCAGACUGUUCUAGCGACGAGAUUGGAGCCAUGGACGGAUGGAAUUGGCAGGCUUGUACCGAAAUGAUCAUGCCAAUAUGUUCUGCUGGUAUGCCAAACGACGUGUUUGAGCCGACUUGUCCAUUCAUAUUGACAGCCGACUUUGAACGCUGUCAUAAACAAUAUACUGGGCUUGGGUUUGAGCACAAUCUUUAUCGACCAAACUGGAUCAUCGAGAACUAUGGAGCUGCCUUCCCGACUGCUACUAAUAUUGUGUUUAGUAACGGGUAUUUGGACCCGUGGAGUGCUGGAGGAUGGAAACAGGAGCCGGCUACUGAAGGCAGCUUGGUAUGUUAGGUUGGGGCUGUGAAAGAGAGUUUUUGGGGUGGGGAGAGUAGUUUAUUAUAGUUUUAAAAAAUUUUAGUUGGACGGGUCUCUUUUCUUAAGUAGAAACAAAAAUAAAAAAGGUUCGGUUAUGUCAAAAAAACUUUUAUCUCUCUCCCUUCCCCCCCUCUUCUCCUGCUCUCAUAAAAGGCUAAAUGCCCUUAUACAACAGCCCAUACCUACAUAAUUAGAAAUUACUUUUAUAAAUCUAAAAUUUUAGGUAAGUCUAAUCAUCGAAGACGGAGCCCAUCAUUACGAUCUUCGUGGUGCUCAUCCCGAUGACACUGAAUCAGUGAAACAAGCUCGACUGAUUGAGAAACAACACAUCAGCAAGUGGAUCAGCGAAGCCAACGAAAGACCAAAACAACAAUUCAAAAGGCCAAAUAAGGCUAGAAAUGGGGAAUCUGAACUUCACAGACAUCAUCGUCACCACCGUCAUCGUCAUCAUUACCGUAAACAACAAGAGGACUUCUAA